GUGGAAGUUGCUGGCUGACCAGGCUUCCAAGGAAAGCCCCUGGGAACCAGAGCCCGAGGCCGAGCCGGAGCCGGAGCCGGAGCGCAGGCCUAGGCGAGAGGAGGUGGCGGCGCCGAGGCUCGAUUAGGAGUCGCUGCCGAGGCCGGGCCCAGUCUCUGCCGGUCGACGAGGGAGGACAGGCAGUUCAUCAUGGGUGGCUUUUUCUCAAGCAUUUUUUCCAGUCUGUUUGGAACCCGGGAAAUGAGGAUUUUAAUUUUGGGAUUAGAUGGAGCAGGAAAAACUACAAUUUUGUACAGAUUACAGGUUGGAGAAGUCGUUACUACUAUUCCUACCAUUGGAUUUAAUGUUGAGACGGUAACAUACAAGAACCUAAAAUUCCAAGUCUGGGAUUUAGGAGGACAGACAAGUAUCAGGCCAUACUGGAGAUGUUAUUAUUCAAACACAGAUGCAGUCAUUUAUGUAGUAGACAGUUGUGACCGAGACCGAAUUGGCAUUUCCAAAUCAGAGUUAGUUGCCAUGUUGGAGGAAGAAGAGCUGAGAAAAGCCAUUUUAGUGGUGUUUGCAAAUAAGCAGGACAUGGAACAGGCCAUGACUCCCUCGGAGAUGGCAAAUUCACUUGGGUUACCUGCCUUGAAGGACCGAAAAUGGCAAAUAUUCAAAACUUCAGCAACCAAAGGCACUGGCCUUGAUGAGGCAAUGGAAUGGUUAGUUGAAACGUUAAAGAGCAGACAGUAAUUCAGUCACUUCUGCUCCUUUGAAACGAAGACCACAUCACAUAUCCCUUGGGAACAGUUAAAGUGUGCUUCACACUACUAAAUGUUAAAACUGUAUGAUUGUCAGCAUAUACCAAACUGACUGCAACAUUUGUAAUAAGUAUUAAAAAUAAGUAUUUGGUUGGAAGGGUAACUCAUUGUGAUUGAAUCAACUGAAUGUGUGUUCUGUAUAAUGUAAAAUAUUCCUUCCUUAUUAUCUUGUGUUAAGGUAUAUAUUCUAUUUGUAUGGAAGUAUUAUUCAGAUAUAGUCCUAUUAAAGAAUGUACUCUUAUUGAGGAAAAA